AUGGAGAUUGGAGGAAACUCAAAUGCCCAACAUAAGGAUACCACAGGAGCAUCUGCUUCCGCAUCAGGCACAAUCGACCCAAAUUCAGUAGCCCCCAACCUCCCCACAUCAAAUGUCGGCGAUCAGAAUCAGGCGCCACCGCAAGACUUCAGACGGGAGACGGAUCUAUAUAUGCCGAUGACCAACAUCGUCCGAGUCCUACGUAGGGCGCUCCCGCCCCAUGCAAAAAUUUCCGACGAUGCGAAGGAGAUUAUUCAAGAGUGUGUCUCAGAGUUCAUCUCCAUUGUAACUAGUGAGGCCAAUGAGAAGGCCCACCGCGAGUACAGAAAAACCAUCCACCCAGAAGAUGUAAUCGCCGCCAUGUCCUCACUUGGGUUCGAUGACUACGUGGAGCCCCUGACAGUUUAUCUGAAUAAAUAUCGGGCUGAGGAUCCGGAGCGCGGGGCCUCGAUGCAGAUUCAAUUGCCGAUGGCCGUGCCCAGCGGCGCCCAGCAACCGCCAGCUGCUGUAGUAGCUCCACCAGUUCCACCACCACCUCUGGCGCCACUAGUGGUAAUGGGUGAUGGGAUGGUGAUAGUUGAUGACGACGAAGUAGUGGGCCCCGAUGAGUAUAUUGGGUUCGACGAAGUUAUUAGGAAGUACUUUUUGAAUGAUUAG